AUGAACAUCAACCAGCCCGCUGAACAAUACAUUGUUAUUCCUGGAUGGCCGAAACGAACCGCCGUCCGUGAUGUGGAGAGCCAAAGGUCAAGCCCUCCGGUCCGCCGACUGCCUGGAACAGGCUGGAUGCCGCCCAGAGUAAGGAACCACUUCAUUGCCAUGCUCGGAGAGUUUGUGGGAACGUGUUCUUUCCUGUUCUUUGCACUCUCCGCGGCACAGGUGGCAAACACAGUGGUCUCCAACAAUUCCGAGUCCAGCACGCCAACUACGCCUGACUUGCUCUUCAUAGCUUUGGGCUUCGGUUUCUCGCUUGCAGCCAACGUCUGGGUCUUCUUUCGCAUUAGCGGAGGUCUAUUCAAUCCCGCAAUAACGCUGGGCCUGUGCCUCAUUGGAGCUCUUGGCUGGGCCCGAGGCAGCUUCGUAUUCAUCACACAGAUCAUCGGAGGAAUAGCCGCGGCUGGCAUUGUAUCCGCCCUCUUUCCAAACGAGAUGAAGGUUCGAACAACGCUGAGUAGCGACACGUCGGUUGUACGGGGUCUCUUUAUCGAGAUGUUCCUGACUGCCAUGCUCGUUUUCACCGUCUUUAUGCUGGCUGCGGAAAAGCACAAGAGCACCUUCCUUGCGCCCAUCGGCAUCGGCUUGGCACUCUUCGUGGCUGAACUGUCAGGCGUCUACUUCACUGGAGGCAGUCUCAAUCCCGCACGCUCCUUCGGCCCAGACGUAGUACUCGGCAAUUUCGACGGCUACCAUUGGAUCUAUUGGCUUGGUCCUGCGUUAGGCUCCAUCCUUGCAGUCAUAAUGUACAGACUCAUCAAGUCACUGGAAUAUGAAACCGCCAACCCAGGCCAAGACUUCGACGAGAAUGAAACCAAAGCUUUCCAGCCCGCCAGCGACCCACCAGCAACUCGCGAGGACGUCAGACGCCCCGCUGCACCCAUGGUCCAAACAGAUGAACCUCCCACCAACAUCGCUCUGGUGCCCACGACUACGAACCAUUCCCACUCGGUAGCCGCUGAAGGCACGCCUGACAAACAUAAUGGAGAUUUCCACUGA